GUUUCGUCCAUUCUCCAGGAAUGACGGGCUGGGCAUAUCUCUCAGUCAAAAUAGGAGUUGAGUACGUCAGUGUUAUAUACGGAGUACUACUAGGACUAGGUAGGUAGUGUUCGGGUCGGAUUGGUGAUACUCCGUAUAUAAGGAUUUGGUUCAGAUUAUCUCAUCCUGAUUCCUCCAUUCCUUCGUAUAGCGAGGUAAAAUCGGACAGAAUCGAUCAAUGGAAACAGUUUUUGAUUUGUUGAAUUGGGCACUAGAGAAGUUGAAACAAAAGAUAAUGGGUAUUAGUCACGAUGCGGCCAGGGAAAUUGUAGACGAGCAGUAUUAUACUCCGCCGACCAGUCCCCGGCGGCCGCGGCGGCGGCGGAAAGAAUUGUAUCGUUAUGAACAACACCCCAGGCUAUUACUUCGAGAACACGAUGAUUCUAGGAAAGGCGUGCUGUACAGCAUCUCGGAAAACCGUUCCUACAAGGCCGAUCUAUCAGCAUUCCUGAAAGACAAAUACCUCAUGGACACCAACGGCGGCGGGGGAGGAUGGUUGCUGGUACACGAUUUGAAGAACAGCAAACACGUCUUCCUUCUCAACGUCUAUUCGCUCCAUAAGGUGCAACUUCCCAAAUUCGAUUUACUCAUUGAUUUCGCCUGCCUUUCAUUAUCAUCACCAUCAUCCACUUCUACUCCCGGCACCGUCUUUGUCGCGGUCUAUAACAUAGAGUCGUCCACAGUUGGGAUUUGCAAUGUGGGUGACAACAACAGUUUUGUGGAAGGAAGGUUAGCCGAUCCGGAAGCGGGGCUAGUCCCGUUUGUGAGCAUCGGCGGAAAACUGUAUGGCCUAAGGCUUUCCAAACUCGAUUUGGUACGAGUUGUGGUUGCAGAGGGAAUUGCGAGGCUUGAAUUGGAAAGUCAAAUUCCCCUUCCCCUUCGCUUAACGUGCGGACGAAAUGGUUAUAUAAGCUGUCAAGGCUUCCUUGCAGCAGAGAGUUGUGGCGGCCGCAGCGUCAUUAUUGUGGUGAUCAAAGUUCGUCGUGGGCACGGAAGCAGAAGCUCGGGGCCUCCGUCUCCCGUGGAGUGUUUCAGGGUUUUUACAUUUGAUUUCUACACCAGAAAAUGGGCAGAGCUGGAUAGCCUUCGUGGGCGUACGCUUCUCUUGGGCUGCCUUUCCUCCCUCCACAUAUGCCGCGAUGUCCCCAAUCUCAGAAGAAACUGCAUUUACUUUGUUGAAUAUAGAGAUAAGAAUCUCUACGUCUUUGAUAUGGAAGAUAAACUCAUCACUACCCAUCUCCCUUACUCUGGGGAUGACAUCCAAACCAACCUCCCAACUUGGCUUUUCUAAUCUGCUAUAAAUGAUUCAUUGUGUAUGUUUAAUGUUAUCCUUAUUCUUUUAUUCUUUCUUUAUAAACAUGUUUCUUUUCUAAAAUCUUUACUUGAUGUGAACUCUGAAACAAUGCAACGGUUGUAGGUUGCUUUAUUCUUUUCCAUUACUAGUAUGUUUAACACAGCUUAAAGUUAGCUUUUAUUGUCCUGUUU